UGGCAUUCACGAGCACGAGAAAAAAAAAGACAAGCAGCAGCAAAUGAGUGUGUUUUGCAAACCAGAACAGAUCAGAGCCUGGCUAAUCGUAUAAACGUAAAAAAUAAUAAUAAAAACAUUUUUUCUUGCAAAUGAUCGGACACGGUUAUGAAGAAGGAUAUUGAUUUUUAUAUGAUUUUUCUUUUUGGACGCUGCGUUGAAGUGAAACUACACUGGGCCCUGAGGAGGAGGAAAAAAAAACUUUCCAUCUUGUGUGGAAACAUUAUUGGACAUGGCUUUGACGUCUCGCUCUGUGAAACGGGCUCUUUAUUAAGGACAACGAGAAGUUGGCGGAUAUUUAGGAGUGUCAAAGGAAUAAGGGAAGAAAGAAAGAAAGAAAAGAGGAGAAAGAGAGAAGUUUGUCAGCGUGUCAUGUAAAGGCUCGCGCGCUUCUCAGUGUUAUUUUGGUAUUUCUGUCGCGUGCCAGAUGUGCGCGAGACCGCGGUUAGCUUCCAUGCUAAAACGGUCGAUUUUGCCUAUUUCCCUCAGUUUUUCCUCUCUUUUUUCCUCCAUUUUCCUCUCGUUUUAAACCAUCGUUUUCUUCACUGAAUAAUCGCGUCGGCGUUUUUACCCCGAAUUAAAGGGGUUUUCGAUCUUUUUUGAAGGAAUAUUAAGCCCUGAUAGCCGGAGUGGGAGUUCAGGAAAGGACGCGGCUGCUCGGUGGGAAACAGGCCCCUCUUUUGCCUUCAAACCCCCAGGAAGGAGGGAAAAAAUGGCUAAAAAAGGCUCAAACGAGGAGAAAUACCCCGGUCUUCAACUCGUACUCGGCUUACUAGACGGCUGUCCUGUUUAAAAAACCACACAAUAUGCGAUUAAGGUUGGUUGAAUAACUAAUACAAAAGUUUGCUUAUUUUUAAUUCCUCAGUUAAAAAUGCAGCAAUCUCUUACUAUUUGCUAUCCGAACCUGUAAACGCUAAAUAUGAGAGAGCACACGUAUUUCACGGCGUUUGACACGCAGAGUGGAACGUGAAAUUCCGUCAUACUUUACAACCCCCCUUACCCCCCAAAAAAGAAGAUUUUUUUUGUGUACACUGGUGAUAAGGGCAUGGAUUAAAUAAUCAGACAUAUUCAGGUGGGGGGGAAACGAUGUGUUUUAGUGAGAGGAGGGCCGGAGAGGAUUCACGACGUUCGAGCUUGGAGGAGAGGAAAAGUGCCCCAGCGCCACCAAGCCUGAUGGGAUCCGAGUGCUGACGUCAUCCACGCCUGGAUAAUGGACUGCUCAAGAGUCUGAGACGGUCCAUCACACACACGAGAGAAAGAGAGCGAGAGAGCACAUAGAAAGACGUCUGGUUUGGUCUGUUCUGGGCCUGUAUUUUUUUUUCAUUGCCCCUGGACUGCCUUCUCUCUUCCAUUUCCCUGAUUAUGUGACAGUCUUGUCAGCGAGAACUUGUUGUCAUGGCAUCCCCACAGCAUCCACAUCAUCCUCAUCAGCGGUCGGUGAAAAACACUGAAGUUAGCUGUGACAGCAGAGGAGGAGGCGUGAACGUCCGCAUCAGCGACGCCCACUCGCAGAAGCGUGUUUCUGUAGAGCAAGAGCCUUCGAGCUGGGGCGGAAGUGUCAGCGAGCAAGGUCCGACGGGAAGCGCCAAGCCUUCUAAGUACAGCAUCUCGUCAAGCUGCAGCUCGGGCGAGUCUGGGAUCCGCAGGCCGGUGAUGAGCAGCUUGCGUGCCCAGCGGUCAGUUCCGCAGCUCUUCGAGAGGUCGGCAGCGCAGUGCUGGGACCCCAAGUUUGACUCUGCGACGCUUGAAGAGGCGUGCAGGGAGCGGUGCUUUCCGCAGAUGCAAAGACGCUUCCGCUAUGUGCUUUUUUACUUGGGUGUAGCCACGCUGCUUUGGGGGGUGUACUUCGGAGUUAACCGUUCCAGGUGCGAGCCGACCAGCUUCUUGCUUCCCGCGGCAACCUUCCUCAUCCUGUGUCUCCUACUCCUUUUGUUUACCUUCUCGCGGCCUUAUGUCUGGCUCUAUAAUCAGGCCUCGCUGCUUCUUAUUGUCAUCACAAUUUGUAUUACUCUGGCGCCACAAAUGCAGGCUUCUGAUUUUGCACGCUUAUCAUGGCAAAGAGCUGAUAAUCGGACACUACGAGAGUAUCCAUGUAUCUCCCCGGUGGGGACGUUUUCUCUGUGCAUGGAAGUCCUGCUGCUGCUCUACAGUAUGCUCCACCUGCGCCUUUAUGCCUCAGUGCUGUUGGGCCUCCUUUACUCUGUGCUUUUUGAGAUGCUCGGAUGGAUUCAGCUAACCCAGAUGGAUGGUCAAGACAUGAAAAACUGGUCUGAAGUUCGAGAGAAAUCGUUGCAGUGGCUGGCACCUGGGAAAGUACUUCUCCACCUGUGUGCUCACGCUAUUGGAAUUCAUUUGUUCAUCAUGUCAGAGGUGCGUGCACGGAGCACCUUCUUGAAAGUUGGACAAGCCAUCAUGCAUGGGAAGGAGCUGGAGGUGGAGAAGGCGCUGAAGGAGCGCAUGAUCCAUUCUGUCAUGCCUAGCCUGGUGGCCGAUGAAUUGUUGCAGCAGGGCGAUGAGGAGAGUGAGAGCUCCGGCAAACGCUACAGUGCCGGGACUUGCUCGGCUUCAGGGUCCGGCGCCGGCGCCUCGUCUUCCAGUCCUAAGAACAACAAGCGCAAGAAGACGUCGAUCCCUCGUGGCCAGAUCAUCUUCCGGCGUUUCAACAUGAAGCGAAUGGAGCCUGUAAGCAUCCUCUUUGCUGACAUUGUAGGCUUCACGAAGAUGAGUGCGAACAAAUCAGCGCCUGCCCUGGUGGGUUUACUGAAUGACCUGUUUGGCCGUUUCGACCGGCUGUGUGAGCUGACCUACUGCGAGAAGAUCAGCACGCUGGGCGACUGCUAUUACUGCGUGGCAGGGUGCCCUGAGCCACGUGAUGACCAUGCAUACUGCUGCGUUGAGAUGGGACUUGGUAUGAUCCAGGCUAUUGAACAGUUUUGCCAGGAGACGACUGAGACGGUGGACAUGCGUGUCGGCGUCCACACUGGCACCGUGCUCUGUGGCAUUCUGGGAAUAAAGCGCUUCAAAUUCGACGUCUGGUCCAAUGACGUUAACCUGGCUAAUCUUAUGGAGCAGCUUGGUGUGGCUGGGAAGGUUCACCUGUCCGAGGUCACCGCGAGCUUUCUCGACGACCGCUAUGAAAAAGAGGAUGGCAGAGUGAUGGAGCGCGCCGGGCAGACCGUCACUGAGCAGCUGAAAGGUUUAAAGACGUAUCUAAUCUCUGGGAAGAAAAUGGGCUCACAAUGUGGCUGUUCUCAGAACAGUCUGGGACGAGACUUUAGUGAAACACCGAGACCUUCCCCACAGACACAGACUUCUGAACUCACACACUCAGCUAUGGCUGAGCACAUUAAGACUCCAUGCGUGUCCUGUACUGUAGUAGUCGAGGCUGCUGGGAAUUUGCUGACUGAUGAGACGACACAAAAUGGCUGUCAGGAUGAAUACAAAGCGAGCAUCAGCAAGUUUCCAAAAGCGGUCAAUGGGCUUCUCAGUCCACUGUGUGAGGAGGCAGUUCGAGCAAGCCAGGCCUCCCUGUGCGAGAUGCUGCAGAAGGACAGGAGUCUGGGAGCGGGGUCAGUAUCAGGAGGUGGAGCCGGGACCGGGGGCGGCGGAGCCAUGGAUCACUCUGCCUUAAUUCCGCUUCGCAGUAAAGGGUUCAGAGAGAAGAGCGACGUGCACUUUGUGGAAGUCAUCAAGGAGGACCGUUUGAUGAAAGAUUAUUUCUUCAAGCCACCAAUCAACAAACUGAGCCUGAACUUCUUGGAGGAUACUCUGGAGUCUGACUAUCGUAAAAACUACCAGCAGGAGGUGACAAGCAAAACCCCCGUGCAGACAUUUGCCAGUCCUGUAUUUAGCUCUCUGCUGGAAGUGCUGCUGUCGUGCGGCGUCUUCGUCGCCCUCACGUUCGCUUGCUUCCUCUACCCGAUUGUUACCAUGGAGAUGCCUCCCGCCGCCACGUUCGGCCUGGCAGUGACUGCUGCUAUACUCGAGCUCAUGUCUCUCAUUCUGUCUAUUCGUAUGACCUUCUACCUGGACAGAGUGUUCAGCUGCACUAAGUCACUUCUAAAGCUGGUGUCAGGCUGGGUCCCCCGUCACGUAGUCGGCGCUGUGCUCGUGUCACUUCCUGCCAUCUCAGUUUUCUCACACUUAGCCUGCAGGCUCUAUCUGCCCAUUCAGGUGACGAUGUUCCUGUGCAGUGCUAUCAUCAUUGCCAUUAUCCAGUACUGCAAUUUUUGCCAGCUGAGUUUCUGGAUGCGCUCGGUUUUAGCCACAGCCGCUGGAGUGUCUCUGCUCGCUUUACUCUACAGUGACCCCACCAGGCCAAGCACCAGCACCGGAUUUCCACUGACCGGAAACUUGAGUAACAGCAGUGUUGACACAAGUAAGUUGAACGACACAGCUCUUGACAUCCUGAUUCCCGAGGCCCUCUUGUCAUUCUUCUUGCUGCUUCUCCUUGUGUGGUUCCUCAAUCGCGAGUUCGAGGUCAGCUACCGUUUGCACUAUCACGGCAACGUCGAGGCUGACAAGCACCGCAUCAAGAUCCAGACCUUGCGGGACCAGGCAGACUGGCUGCUGCGCAACAUCAUCCCCAUCCACGUAGCUGAACAGCUAAAAGUGACCCAGAGCUACUCCAAGGACCACGACAACGUCGGUGUGAUCUUCGCCAGCAUUGUAAACUUCAGCGAGUUCUACGAAGAGAGCUUCGAGGGCGGAAAAGAGUGUUACCGCGUGCUGAACGAGCUCAUCGGUGACUUCGAUGACUUGCUGCGCAAGCAGGCGUUCUCCAGCGUGGAGAAAAUCAAGACCAUCGGCGCCACGUACAUGGCGGCGUCGGGGCUGAACGGACGGCAGUGCCGCGAUCAGACGCAUCCGCACGCUCACCUGCGCGCCCUUUUUGAGUUUGCGCUGGAAAUGAUGCGCGUAGUGGACGAUUUCAACAAGAACAUGCUCGGCUUCCAGUUCAAGCUGCGUAUCGGCUUUAAUCACGGGCCGCUGACCGCCGGCGUCAUCGGAACCACCAAGCUGCUGUACGAUAUCUGGGGCGACACCGUGAACAUCGCCAGCCGGAUGGACAGUACCGGUGUUGAGUGCCGCAUUCAGGUGAGUGAGGAGAGCCACGCUGUGCUUAGCACAAUGGACUAUGCCUUUGAUUACCGCGGCACAGUUAACGUCAAAGGAAAGGGGCAGAUGAGGACCUAUCUGUACCCCAAACUUAACGAGAGCGCGUCCAAACCACCUUCUGAGCCUCUGGGCAAGAAAGAGAACAUCAACAAGCCGUCCAAUAAGGCACUGGCCAUGGCGCCCAAUUCAACCCCCGCAUCAUUGUCUUCGGGGAAUCACAGCUGUUCCUCUUCUUCCCCCAGUACCCAUCAAAACAACUGCGGGGUGCCACGGGGACCUAGCGUAGGCCCCUCUAAUCUGUCUUCAGAGAGUUCUGUUCCCGCACCAACGUUUGGUGGCUCACAGCCACCUUCAAUAGCACAGAUUAGCGCUCCUCUAGCCAGACCAGAGACACCUUUACGAGCCACGGAAGAAAACAAGGAGGAGGAGGAAGAGGCAAAUGAACGCUCAAGGCUCCGAGUAGGAGAAAGGCUUUAAUUUGCCUCCGAAGCUGCUGAUCUUUACUGUCUCUUUGUCUCACUACUUUCUUUUUUCUGGGGCAUAAGAGUAUAUAUUUCACUGAGGUUCACCUCCUGAGGUGCCUUAAUCAACAGUAGAUGUAGGAGGCCAGUUGUUUUUUUUUUUUUUUUUUUUGGGGGGGUCCUCUGCUUAAAGAACUCUAUAACUAUGUAAAGAAGGUUAUUUAGGGGGAGGGGUUUCUGUGUGGAUCACAGUCUGGCACAAAAUGAUAGACAGGGAAAAAAAAAUUGAGCGGCGGGUUUUUACGUUUUCAAGGUUCUCAUUAUUUCAGUGGCGUGCUUUUUAUGUUCGUUAAAGUGCCUUUCAGUAACGACAAAUACUCGCACACGAUCAGAUAACUACACGAACAAAUCAGAGAUGAUGGAACAGUUCUAGCAUGCCAGGUUUUUUUCUUGUUUUUUUUGUUUUUUUAAGACUGGCAACGGACAAUUCUGUGGUUUUUCAAUUUUAGGUUUUGUUAAUAUAUUGCAGUUUUUUUUUUCUACUCAUUUCUUCAUUUUAGAAGUUUGACAUGUGACCUUAAGGAUGGAAAAACAAAAUGUGCCAGUGGCUAGAAGUAAGCAGAAGUGUUGAAUCCUAGAUCAGGGGAAUUUCAUUUUAUUAGGUUCAGAUCAUCACUUUUGGGCAAUCACCUCUUUCACAAAAAGUUGUAAGAAGUUUAAAUUUUUUUUAUUUUAAUUUUUUUUGCUAAAAGCAAGUCUAAGCACAGCUGUCCAAGUUCUUUCAAAAUGCACACGAAAAAAAAAAAUCAAGGUGUUACUGUCUGCUGUCUAAUCGUAAUCGUAGAGGUGGUGAUGGAUGGAGUGUUUGGGCUACACCUCUGUUCGCAAGGCCUGUGCUAGAACCGCUAUUAAGGAGGAUCCAAGUAACGCACAAUGCAACAAAAUACCUGAAAUGCAGCCGGGACACUUUCCAAUAGGCAUGUGCUGAUAUAUUUUUUUUUAAUUUGUCUGCUUUAAAAACAGGUUGCAAUAAUAUUACCGUUUUGUAUUUUUUUUUUUUUCACUACAAAAAAAAAAGUACCUCAGUUGGAGCAUAAGUUCAGUCCACUAUAUAUAUAUAUAUUUUUUUAAGUUAAAAGUUUUUGAAAUUUAUUAAAAAAGUAAGUACAUUAACCAAUUUUGGUAAAAGCAAGGCUCUAAAUAGUUUAAAUAGUGAAGUAAUAUAAAUUGAAAAACUCGAAUGUAUAAUGUUAUUAAAGGUGUUUCACAUUGAUAUGAUGUGAUUAAUAAUGAGGAUGCCAUUAUAAUCGCACCCUAAAACUAAAUUGGCCAUAAAUGACAAUAAAAAAAGCACUGGGCCUCUUUGUGUAAAGCAGAGUUAUGUGUGUAAAUAUCUUUACAAGCCAAACCGAACAAAAUUACAGAAGAUUAACAUGUAGCCAUGCCCACAAUUCUCCUUAAAAGGCCACUUAUUUUUACUUAAAAUUAUUAUUAUUUUUUUUAAAAGCCGGGGAAGCGUGACUCCUUAAACAAGGCAUGUGCUACAUCUUCCAGUAAUGCAGCUCAGCCUCUGCGGUGCACUGGCUACCACGGACACCCUAGCGCUUCCUCUGUUUUUCUAGGGCGCAAUUAGUUUUGUCCUAAUUAAAUCGCUUGAAUGUCUUACGUUAUUUCUUAGACUUUUUCUUAUUGAAUUUUGGUAUAUGACUGAAACGAAUAAGCAAUUUUAAAGUGCUGCAAAAAAAAAAAAAAAGAGUCGUUAUUGAAUAUAUUGUUGUGAAGCCGGCCGAUCGAAGGUUCACAUUAAAUUUACACUUUCAAUGAACGUUUUCUAUCGAAUCGAAUUUUUGUCAGCACUGCAUUUCUCGAAGCGAAUCACGAACGAAUUUGUUAGUUUUCAGCUCGUAAUGGACGCUCGUUAUCAUCGUUAAAUCUUUGACGCGAACCUACUUGCGUAUACAUGCGUUUGCAUGCGUUUGCAUUUACACAGAUGGAUCACAGAAUUUCAUCAUUUCACUAGAGCAUCAUUUCAGCAACUUCUCAUCAUCGCCUUACGCUGUGCAGCGAUCCAGUGAAAACCUUAAAUUCGUGACAUUUCAGCACAAAAUAAUAGCAUUUAAGAGAAUCUAGUAAAGGAUACACAAGGGAUCGUUUUUUCGUUUUUGUUUGUUUUCAACAGAGAAGCCUUCAGCCCAGUUAUUACUGUGAAUGAUUUGUCUUUGUUCUAAGAAGAGUUUUCUGUUAAUUGUUUCGUUCGUUCAUUUAAAGAAAAAAAUAUUUUUCACCUUCUCUGAAACACUUCAGAUGAUGACAACACUUAGAUAUAUAUUUAUGUUGGACAUAGGAGAUGUCCUGAUUCGAGUGGGAUUGAUAUCUCGGAUUGUGCCAGUAGCGCUCGGCGUCUGCGUGCUCUCUCUCGCGUGGCUUUGAUCGGACCCUUUCUGCUGUACCUCUGUGUGUCUCCAGUUAUGCUGUAUUAUUAAAUUAGUCCCUUUUUUUUGAACAGAGUAGAAUUACGAAGGAUUCUUAUUUUCUUUCUCCAGUGCCUUUUUUAAGUAGUAGCCUUUCUGCCCAGUUAAAAAAAAAUUCCCUCACUUUCGAUUAGUUCUUUUUUUUUUGUUUUUUUGUUAAAUACGCCAUUAUUGUUUAAUCAUGUAGCAGAUUAAGAGCUGAGGAAGUCACAUAUUUGCGUCGUUACCUUUGUGAGUAGCGCAAUGCCUUACAAGCGAGGAAGAAUCCAGUCGAAGCAUAAACAGUCGAAGGUUAAAGUACUUGCUCUCAAGGACGAAAUGCACAACAGUUUGGCGCAUUUAAACCUCAAAAAGGUUCUCUGCCGUCACAAUAAAAAAAAUUGCUGGUCUGGAAACAGGAGCGUCACAGCUUGGUUGCUAUGACAACUGAGUUAACCUUAUUACUAACCACAGCUUAAAAAAUGUUAAAUUAAAAAAAAGGAUUUUGAAGCUUAUUCAAGAGAAAAUCUGAAAGAUUUUGACACCUGCUGCAUUGCACUAAUUUCAAACUAUGAAACAAAACACAUCGGUUUACUUUGUAGAACGACCAUGAAACACUUUAGAUCCUGUUCUCACGGCAGCUGUAAACAGUCACUCCAUCACGUUCUUGUGUGACUGCAAACACAAGCUGCUGACACUGGAGACUCCUUCCAUAAAUGCCUCCUGAUAGAAAUCUUCAUGUUUUUAUCAUUGUAUUUUCAACAUUUUUUUUUUAAACUAUUUGUUGAAAAUCUAUAUCGAUCUCGGUUCUUCUCUCAGAACGCCGGCUCUUUCUUAUAUUUAAACUUCACGCGUUCAGCAGAUCCGUGUUCACGAAACAGUGAUGGUGCGCUCCGGCAGUCCUGGGAGUCGAACCCACAACCUCCUGGUGACGAGCACUGCAUUAUCACGAUAAGCUCAUUACAUUUGCUGCUUACUUGAAGCAAAAAGGUCUCGAGACUUUCCCCUGUCUUUUCUUCUCCAGUGCCUUUUUUCUCACACCCCCACCCCAGCACUUUUUCCCCCUUGAAUAUAAAACAAAACCUUUUUUUUUUUUUUAAUCAUGCAUUUCAAAUUCCAGCUACAUGGAGGUAAAAAAAAAAAAAAAGAUCAACACUGUGUAUUUUGACAUGAAAAUAAUGGGAUGGAUAAGGGUUUCAUUUUUUUCUUUUUUUAAAUCGAUUUAAUGUAUGGUGCACUGCUUUUUGAUCACGCCACACUAAAGUCUGAGUCACUCCAGAUGUUAUGUAUCACACCACCUGCAAAGGAAAUGUAAUAAGAUUUAAAAUGAAUAAAAAAAAAGGGAAAAAAAACAAUGCAAGCUGACAGUAUUUACAAUUAAUUACUAACUCAUGGCUAGCUAUGUGUGUUAGGGUUUUUUUUUUUUUUAAGUAUGGAAAUAUGCGUUUGUGAAAUGUCGAGUGGAGAGUUAGGGGACAGAUGGAACUUAUUGUUUGGUGCACCGUCUUCACUCCCGCUCACCUGAACCCUUGAGCACUUGAGACUAAAGGGAAUAAACUCCAGGCUGUGUUCCAAUACCGGUCCGGUUCGUUGACUUUCACCCUUGAUAUUUAACCCCUUCGGGAUUCCAUUUAAGAUCUUUCAUGUAAGGGAAGACUAACACGCACGUGAUUCCAGAGUCAAUCUUGUGGAGAGAUCGAAAAUUACGUGAAGUUGUAUGUUGUGCUACGUGAUGCGCAGGUCAAAUGGAAUUGACGUAGAUAAAAUUGAUAUGAGGGUGUCUGCUGGAUUCAUAUAUAUACUGUAUGUACAGAGCCAGACAAAAAGAUUAUACACACUUCAAGAAAAGUAAAAGUAGUAUGAUGUAUAUUAUAUAAAUGAUAUUAAUAAUAGUCAUAUAUAGCAAUGAAUUUAGUAUUUAAAAUAAUUAUACAUGUUUUUCUUUUUCCUAAAGUGUUUAUACUUUUUUUUUGUCUGACUUUAUAUAUCUAUAUAUAUUUAGUUUGCAGAAAAUACAAACUGCUUCCAUGUUUUGCAAGUCUUGCAUUUUGUAAAAGUAUCACCUCUUCUUUCGAGUUCAUGUGACUCAAAUGUGGAGCAGAAGAUCAUUAGUUAUAAUUUUUUUAGUCACUUUGUAUGAGACAUGACACAAUAUACACACAGCAUUUCAAUGUUCAUUGGAUACUUUAAGUCUGUAAUUCUUAAGUAACAACCGUAGAAUCGAAUAGAAUCUAAGCUUGCUUUGAGUCGUAUUGCUAGUGUCUAACAAUAUUAAUAAUGUCAUUUAAUUGUCCUUUCUAACAUUUCAGUCCGUGUCAUGCACUCCACUCCUCUUGACUCUACUCCCGUGAUACCUAGAACAGUGUUCAGUUGGAAGCAGGAUGUCAAAAACCGUAUCGGGACACAGCCUAGGUGAAAAGUCAUAUCUGUGAUGAGAGAAGAAUAAGCUAGCAAGCUAGCUAGGAUAACCAGCUAGCAAACCAAGUUAAGAGAUAUUUCAAUAAUAAAGUUUAAGUCAAAAUUACUUUUUUUUAUUUUUAUAGAUUUUAAAAUUCUGAUAGGGUGAGUUUUACUUCACUGAAUCCAGAGAGGAAAAAUCUGUAGAAAAGUCGUGCCUUUAUGCCGGAAGCUGAUUAUUUAUCUUAAAAUGGAUUAGGUUUUGGUGUGGUACCAAAGUGGAAAAACAUUUUUAAAAAAAUGUGCCAUCAAAUCUAACUUUUUCAUGAGUAUUAUAUAUAUUUGCCAUAUGGGAGGAUGUUUUAUGUGAACCAAAGAGAUCUGACAAAUUUAUUUUGCCUUUGAUGUUAAUUUUUUGUGUGUGUGUAGUAUAUGUCACAUGUUUGAAUUAUUAUAAUUAUAUUUUUUUCUGUGCACAUUAUACAUUUAAUCCAUACAUGAGCAUAAUCUGUAUACAUUUGCACAAUUCACUUUGUAUGUACAUAUUCAUAUGCAUUUUUUUUUCUUGUUUUGGAAAAAAAAUUAAAGAUUGAAAGUAAUGUGCAUGUGCCAGAUUUGGAGAGCAGAAAAAAAAAAAACUAUUGUCACUGGU